AUGGACAGCCUUGAACAUGACCUCGAGCACCCCAAGAAACGACGGCGGCGUGAGAUUGAACGGAAGCCACUCGCCGCUCGUCUGGCUUUUGACGAAACGGUCAAGAGCGAUGCUGCCUUGAUUUCCCAGGGUCUCUGGUCCAAACUGACGGGUGAGCGUGAUGACGCACGUAGGCCGACCUCCAACCUGUUCAUUGCUCUUACGCCUUGUUCCCCUCUCCAUACCGAGCUACAAGAUUCCACCUGGACUGUUCUCCCUGCACAGCUCCGCGAGCCACAGUCUUCAGCGGAGGCUUUGGAACUGGUCGAUGUUAUAAACCUUUCACCAAAUUCCUCUGCCUGUCAGUCGAUCCUGAAGACCUACGCGGCAAUCGACCGAGAUCGUCAUCCGGGUCAUGUUCCCAAGUCGAUUGAGAUUCGGGCUAUCGUCACGAAGCCUCUCACCCUCGAAACGAUCUACGUGUCCGUUGAAAAGGGUAUGCUUGAAAAGGUCGACGACAUACAGGCCAAGUUCGGCGGUGGCUUUCAAUAUGGCAGGCAUUUGAAAGUUGACAGACGACCAUCCGCGCCGAAUGGUGUGCUCCAAAAUGUGCCCUCUAUUACCAGUCGACUGGCCUCUCUUGUUCGAGAAGCACUUUCUCAACUGCCCGUAGUGCAUUCGGGAGAUGUUUUUCCUCUGCCACUCCCAGCCCAUCCUAUCACUCACGUUCGACCGCCUCCUGCCAUCGUGGUGGAGUGCGAGCCAGUGUCCCAGGGACAUGUCUCUGCAAAGACUAAGAUUGUUCUGGUCCAGACAGGUUCCUCACAAGAGAAAGCCCUUGCCAAGUUGGCGCCUGUUCAACCUAUAAUCGAAGAGUCCCUUGAAGAUACCGCAGAGGAUACCUCAAAUGACCAAUUCUAUUCAGCAGCCGAGGACAGGCAGACAGAGACAGGAUCAGAUGAGGAUGAUCUGUCCGAUGACGGAUCCGGCACUGAUUCGCCUCACGAAGAAAGUGAUGAGGAUUCGGACUCCAUGGAUGAUAUGAUUUCCCUUAGCGCCCCUGGACUGCCGCCUCAGCAGGCCGGGACGCUGUCGGCCAUGACUGCGGCAACCCCAAGACCGGGUGGGAAAAGGGCCACAGGCACACACACCCCGGGUUCCCUCUAUUCGAGCUUCACCUCUGUGACAGCAAGGGGUGGCAGUCGCCCAGGGAAAGUGUUCAGAACCGAGGCUCUACUUCGCAAAAUCCCUAUUGAGCUGAUGCACCCCCAGCCCAGCCCUGAGGAUGAUGAAGAGUCGUUCGUCUUCAUUGAUACCAGCACGCUUGCCAAGAUUGGAUGUUUUUCUGGCGACUGGGUUCGAAUAGAGAUCGCCAGAAAUGUGAGCUCGCAAGGGUUCCCGCAUUCAGCUAUGAGGACUCUCGGUGGAUUUGCAGAAGAAGAGUCUGACUGGCGAACGGUUAAGGUGUUUGGCCUUUCAGGUCUGGCAAAUCUGCAGCCACGCUAUGCGGUCGACAAGACUGGUGACCGGAGGUCAAGCUUCUCGCAGAGGGACCUACUGUUGCCGUUUUCACCGGCCGUCUAUCUCUCUCCCAUCCUUUUGGCUAAUUUAUCUAAUGCUCAGUACGUCAAACUUGGAUCUUUGCCUACCACCCCUCGGCACGAUCUCAAGUCGAGCCAUCCGCCAAGGUCCAGCACGUCCAAGUCCCCGCCAAUUGCAAAGGAGGUUGUCCUUUCAAAAAUCGCCGAUCCAACGACAACCAAUCCCGCUUUUCAGCCAACUUUAUUCUCAUCCCUUCAGUACCACCUCCAGAGCAAAAAGCGCAUCUUGAAGAAAGGUGAUCUCAUUGCGGUGCCGGUGGACCAGGAGCUGGGAAAGGCCCUCACCUCUCAAGGAGGUCCAGAUGAAGCUCCAAGCGAGGACGAAACGAUAAAACGACUCAACACCCCUGAGACGGUUGGCAAUUCGCGAUUCGCAAUUGCAUGGUUUUCAGUGCAACAGAUUCACGCCGACCAGGCGGGCAAUCAGAGUGGAGAGGAUCAGAGCACAUGGGGUGGUGUUGUCACCCUCGAUAGUCUGCAAACUAGAGCCUCCCAAAGUGGUACAUCCAUCCAAUCUGUCUCGCACUCGACAGAAAUCUGGAGCCGUUAUUGGUUUGGCAUAAACAAACUUCCGCAACAGAACAUACAUCGGAUCGAACAUGUCCCUACAGCAGCAGAUAUACCACCCCUAGACAAACUUCCUUUGGAGACCCGUCUAUCUGGGUUGAUUUCCGCUGCGGUCAGCAACCGUGCUGUCAGUCUAGGGCUUCCCCCCCUCGUCAUAUUGCUCUACUCCACUCAACGACAGAUUGGCAAGUCGUACAUUGCCAAAUCCGCUUGCUCGGCUAUCGGCGUGCACGUCUUCCCGAUAUCUGCUCACGACCUACUCUCUGAGAACGCGUCAACCACAGGUGGUGGGGAUACAAAGACAGAGGCAUUAUUACGGACCAGAGCUGAACGGGCGCUUUCGGGAGGUGCUCAACAGACUGCCUUGCUUAUCCAGCACAUUGAUGCUCUCACCGCUGAUAGAAUGGUGCCUGUGUUACAGGAGAUCAUUUCAGAGUCUCGUGUUUUGAUUGCUACGACCUCAAAAAUCGAUGAUAUACCUGCCGGGAUCCGCAGUCUAUUCUCCCACGAACUGGAGGUAACAGCGCCAGAUGAAAAGGCCAGAGAACUAAUCCUUCACAACGCAUGCGUUUCCAUUUCGACACCUUUGUCGACUACUGUCAAUCUGAAAUCAAUAGCUCUUCAGACCGCGGCGCUAGUAGCUGGUGACCUGCUAGACGUGGUGAAUCGAGCUUCACUUGCACGGUCGACGCGUCUGCUUUCACUCGCAGAGUCUCAGAGUUGUAAUGUUUCCGAUAUCUUCAUCUCUGGAGGCCAAGCAGCCACGCAUCUACUCCCCAGCGACUUCACUCGCGCCAUUGCCGCUGCGCGAUCGAGUUUCUCAGAUGCUAUCGGGGCCCCAAAGAUUCCCGCUGUCACAUGGCAAGAUGUGGGAGGCCUUUCGUCGCAAAAAGACGCAAUCAUGGAAACUAUUUCCUUGCCUCUCACUCAUCCCGAACUAUUCGCCAAUGGCAUCCGAAAGCGGUCGGGAAUCUUGUUCUACGGGCCUCCAGGAACCGGGAAGACUCUGUUGGCGAAGGCUAUUGCUACAGAGUUUAGCCUCAACUUCUUCAGCGUCAAAGGUCCUGAGUUGCUGAAUAUGUAUAUUGGUGAAUCCGAAGCCAAUGUACGACGGGUUUUCCAGCGUGCUAGAGAUGCCCGCCCCUGCGUCGUAUUUUUCGAUGAACUGGACUCAGUUGCACCAAAACGUGGAAACCAAGGCGACAGCGGCGGGGUUAUGGAUCGGAUCGUGUCCCAACUCCUCGCGGAGCUCGAUGGGAUGUCAAGCGGAGGUGGAGGCAGCGACGAUGGGGAUUCCAAGUCGACCUCGAACGCAGGGGGUGUCUUUGUUAUUGGUGCAACGAACAGACCAGACCUCCUCGACCCAGCCCUUCUCCGGCCUGGCCGAUUCGACAAGAUGCUCUACCUAGGUGUCGCCGACACGCACGAUCAGCAAGUCACGAUAUUGAAAGCGCUGACACGAAACUUCACCUUAGCACUGGAUGUCGAUCUGAUGAGCGUUGCACGCCGGCUACCUUUCACCUACACCGGUGCCGACCUAUACGCGUUGUGCAGUGACGCCAUGCUCAAGGCAAUCACGCGGAAAACGCGAUCCGUGGAUGAGAAGGUGCAGCACGUCGGCAAGGCGCGUGGUGAGGAUAUCAGCACGGGCUACUUCUUCGAUCAUUUGGCCACUGAGGAGGACGUGCAAGUUGUGGUAAGCGAAGCCGAUUUUAUGGCGGCUCAGAAUGAGCUGGUUGGCAGUGUGAGCAAGAAAGAACUGGAACAUUUUGAGAGGAUUCGGAAGCUGUUCGAAGAGCAAGAUAUCACUGCGCCCCCCUCAAAAAACGGCCAAAGUGAACCUGCCCCUGCGAUAUUACCCUUGCGUCCCGCCCCGGCGCCAAUGCCAGCUUCCCAAUCGGUAUCGGGUCCUCACGCAGACGACCAACCGAGAGACUCCCCGCUUGAAAUCAAGGACAAGGGCAAGGGCAAACAGAGGGAAAACAGUACACCGAACUCAAAUCACACCCCAUCAUCGGUUUCUCCGACAUACAUCUCAAACUACAACAAAACAGCGGUACCGCGGAUCGGCAAUCCCGACUCCGGCAACUCUUCAGAUGCAGAUAACUCGGACUUUGGAUUCAGCAUGAGACCGACCCAUAUGAACGGGAGUGCGAUCAAUGGAACAAGAACAUCGGUGGAAAACAAGGGGAAGGGUAAAUUGAGGGAGUUGGCCCCGGAAGCAAUGGCUGAUGGAUUUGUGGAUGAUGUCGAGGGGGACGAUGAGGGCCUUUACGACGAUUGA